AUGGUUUGGAUCCCUUCGGAGAGUGUGACCUAUCCAGCGCCAUUUACGGCGUUUGGUCUGCUGAGUGAUCGGGACUUCAUUGCAGUGUUCCCAAAGUUGCUCGUUGGAAAUUUUGACGGGCCAGUAAAUACCGAGAAUUUUGCGAAGGCAUCGGUUCACGAAGACUUGGAGUUGCUGCGAGAUGUUCUUAGUGACCUUCCACGUCUCACACCCGUA